AUGGCUCCCAUACACUAUCUCCUUUCCUUUUUUCUUCUAGGCUAUGCAUCGGCCCAACUCUCUGGCACCGUCGGCCCUCUGACAAGUAUAUCUGCAAAAAAGAACGUCGCAUUGUGCAAUGUCCUCGACUACGGCGCCGUAGCAGAUAACUCCACAGAUCUCGGACCAGCGCUAACAGACGCCUUCGAAGCAUGCAUCGAUGGUGGACUCGUGUAUGUCCCCUCAGGAAACUACCUCCUCAAAACAUGGGUCACUCUAUCCGGCGGCUCAGCCUGGGCCCUGCAACUCGAUGGCAUAAUCUACAGAGGCGGAACUGCUGGUGGAAACAUGAUAUACAUCGAGCAUGCGACGGACUUUGAGUUGUUUUCAUCAACGUCAAAGGGUGCGGUUCAGGGUAGCGGGUAUCUCUUCCAUAUAGAUGGAGAUAUCAGUGGACCGAGGAUUUUGAGGUUGUAUGAGGUGACUGAUUUCUCGGUGCAUGACAUCGCCUUGACGGAUUCGCCGAGUUUCCACUUUUCGAUGGAUACGUGUACGAAUGGAGAGGUGUACAAUAUGGCUAUUCGGGGUGGGAAUGAGGGUGGUCUAGACGGUAUUGAUGUUUGGAGUGAUAAUAUUUGGAUUCAUGAUAUCGAGGUGACGAACAAGGAUGAGUGUGUCACCGUCAAGAGUCCUGCACACAAUAUUUUGGUUGAGGAUAUCUACUGCAACUGGAGCGGUGGAUGCGCAUUUGGCUCUCUAGCCCUAGACACUGAUAUUAGUGAUGUCAUAUACCGAAACAUCUACACCUGGUCUUCCAAUCAAAUGAUGAUGAUCAAAUCCAACGAAGGAAGCGGGACAGUCGAGAACGUCGUCUUUGAAAACUUCAUUGGUCACGGAAACGCCUACUCGCUAGACAUCGACAGCUACUGGUCCUCCCAAACAGCAGCUGGCGGCCAAGGCGUCACUCUCACCAACAUCACAUUCACAGACUGGCACGGCACAGAAGCUGACGGCGCUCUCAGGGGUCCUGUACGCGUGGUUUGCCCUAGUACAAACCCUUGCACAGACAUCACAAUCGAAGAUUUCGCCAUGUGGACCGAAACCGGUGAUACGCAGUGGUAUCUGUGCGAAAGCGCAUACGGAAGCGGAUUCUGUCUCAAAUCAGAUAGUGGCUCACUGACUAGCUAUACGACUACAACGACUGUAUCGACUGCUCCUACCGGAUACUCGGCGGCUACCAUGGCUGCUGAUCUGAAGACUGCGUUCGGAACGACGGCGAGCAUUCCGAUUCCGACGAUUCCGACCAGCUUCUUUCCAGGGGCUACUCCUCUCAGUAGUCUGGCUGCAGUUAUCUAUGGUUAA